UAAUAUGCGAGAUAGUAGACAUUAAGGAGGCGCGCGAAAGAAACAAGCGUGGCGAGGUGGGGGAGACUAAACGCGCAAGCACACGCUUCACCAUGUACGAGAAAAUUGAGCGAGCGAGCACUAUAGAAGAGUUUCUUUCUUUGAAAGUUUACAUUAGUAAUCGGGGAUACUUCAGUUGUUUAUAUGACGUAGAUUUUUGAAGAGGAGGAACUGCAUAGACCUCUGCUUGCAGUCAGAGAGUCAGUCAGUCAGUCGUGAGACAGUCUUCUUGUGAAAAAGACUAAAAACAGUAUUCAGUUUUUCGAAAAAAUGGAAAGAUUAUUUCACGUAAUUCGAGUUACGUAUCCGGCGGAUGCGAGAUUGAUGGUACAUAAUGAGGAGCAACUCGUUGUGCCGAUAAGGCACUUAUUAGAAUUAAGGAUUACCAGCCUCCGCCCCGUAAGUUUUAUUAUUUAUAUCAAUUUUAAAUUACUAUUUUAUGUGUACAAUUGUAAUAUUAAAUGUUUUUUCCUGCUUUUGUUUCAGAACAUUUCUCGAGACCAAAUUGAGAUAGCAGGAUUUAUCAAUAUAUCCGAUGCGAAAUAUAGGCGCUGGUACCGUCAGUGGGACCAGUGGUAUAAUGAAAGAGAGUGGGUCUGCAACGAGUGGGACCUGGAGGAUCAAUGGGACCUUCAAAUAUUAUUCGGAGAGCGGGUCUACCAGGAGGAGAUCUGGUGAAAAAAAUUAUUAUAGAAUUUUUUAAUACAAAAAUUUUUUUUCUGUUUUUGUGUAAAAUUUUUCAAAAUACAUAUAUGAAUUUUAAUUUAUGUACCAAUUUUUUUCUCCUAUCACUUAUUCACCUUUCCUUCAACCCCCUCAUUAAAAAAAUUAUCGUGAAAACAGCGAUAGCGGUAGGGCGGUAGCGGGUGCUGGGUGGGGAGAUGGGUCGCAUACGACGAGCGAACGCGCUAUAGAAGCUAGUGGAUGGAAAAAGCGAGCGAGCGAGCGAGCGAGCGCGUGAAAGAAACAAGCGUGGCGAGGUGGGGGAGACUAAACGCGCAAGCAUGCCCGUUACCGCGUACGGGAAAAUCGAGCGAGCGAGUAAGCGAGCGAGGGACGGAGAGAGCGAAUGCGUAAGCGCCAGCGGGUGGCAGCAGCGGUGGAUGGUGGUGGUGCCAGCGGCGGGUGGCGGAUCGCCCCAGCGGACCCCGCGUUAGACAGCGCGCAUCCCCUCCACGCACGCGGCG